CACGUGUCCGGAUAUGGGAAGUGGUGGCGGAACGGCCGCUUCCCGUUCACGGCUCAAUUGAGGGGAGCGUCUCAGUAGUGGUGGUAGCGCUCGCCGCAUCGCAUCUCCAUCUCGGAGGACCCGCCUCGGCACAGCCGGGCUCGGUCCGGCCUUGCGCUGAGUAAAGAUGACAGCAAUCAAGCAUGCAUUACAGAGAGACAUUUUUACACCAAACGAUGAGCGCCUGCUGAGUAUUGUCAAUGUCUGCAAAGCAGGAAAAAAGAAAAAGAACUGUUUUUUAUGCGCCACAGUGACAACUGAACGCCCCGUGCAGGUGAAGGUGGUCAAAGUCAAGAAAUCUGAUAAAGGAGAUUUCUACAAAAGGCAGAUUGCUUGGGCCCUUCGAGACCUUGCUGUGGUAGAUGCCAAGGAUGCCAUUAAAGAAAAUCCUGAAUUUGAUUUACAUUUUGAAAAAAUCUAUAAAUGGGUUGCCAGCAGCACUGCUGAAAAGAAUGCAUUUAUUUCAUGCAUUUGGAAAUUGAAUCAGCGAUAUCUCCGGAAGAAAAUUGAUUUUGUCAAUGUUAGCUCACAGCUUUUGGAAGAAUCUGUUCCAAGCGGAGAAAAUCAGAGUGUGACAGGCGGUGAUGAAGAAGCAGUAGACGAAUACCAAGAGUUAAACGCACGAGAAGAGCAAGAUAUUGAAAUAAUGAUGGAAGGCUGUGAGUGUGCAAUCUCUAAUGCUGAGGCCUUUGCAGAAAGGUUGUCCAGAGAGCUGCAAGUGCUGGAUGGGGCCAACAUCCAGUCAAUCAUGGCCUCUGAAAAGCAAGUGAACAUCCUGAUGAAGUUGCUCGAUGAGGCUCUAAAGGAGGUGGAUCAGAUUGAAUUGAAACUGAGCAGUUAUGAGGAAAUGCUCCAGAGUGUAAAAGAACAAAUGGAUCAGAUCUCUGAAAGCAACCACCUGAUUCAUCUUAGUAACACUAAUAACGUAAAGCUCCUGUCUGAGAUAGAGUUCCUUGUGAACCACAUGGACUUGGCCAAAGGUCAUAUAAAGGCCCUUCAGGAGGGAGAUCUUGCUUCUUCCAGAGGCAUCGAAGCCUGCACCAAUGCCGCUGAUGCCCUUCUGCAGUGCAUGAAUGUAGCUCUUCGCCCAGGCCAUGACAUGCUUCUGGCCGUGAAAGAGCAGCAGCAGCAUUUCAGUGAGCUGCGAGAGCAGUUUGCCCGGAGACUGGCCAAUCACCUCAACAAUGUUUUUGUUCAACAGUUUACUCAGGCCCUCCUUCAACUCUAUAACAGGUCCUACUUUCUUUCGGUGCCUGGUCAUGAUCAGAGUUCAACUCUUGCUCAGCACUCCGUUGAACUGACUUUACCCAAUCAUCAUCCAUUUCAUAGAGACUUGCUCCGAUAUGCCAAGCUGAUGGAGUGGCUGAAGAGUACAGAUUAUGGGAAAUAUGAGGGACUAACAAAGAAUUACAUGGAUUAUUUAUCACGACUGUAUGAGAGAGAAAUUAAAGAUUUCUUUGAAGUUGCAAAGAUCAAGAUGACUGGCACAACUAAAGAAAGCAAGAAGUUUGGACAGAGAAGACUGUCUUUAGUAGGUCUUCAUGGAAGUUCUGGGAAAUUAACUGGAUCUACUUCUAGUCUAAAUAAACUCAGCGUUCAGAGUUCAGGGAAUCGCAGAUCUCAGUCGUCUUCCUUGCUGGAUAUGGGGAACAUGUCUGCCUCUGAUCUCGAUGUUGCCGACAGAACCAAAUUUGAUAAGAUCUUUGAACAGGUGCUAAGUGAACUGGAACCUCUGUGUCUGGCAGAACAGGACUUCAUAAGUAAAUUUUUCAAACUACAGCAACAUCAAAGUAUGCCUGGAAGUAUGACUGAACCAGAGGACCUAGACGGAGGAACGUUAGCACGGCAACAUAAUUCUGGCGCACCACUGCCUGUCUCAUCUGAGAAAGAUAUGAUCCGCCAAAUGAUGAUUAAAAUAUUUCGCUGCAUUGAGCCAGAACUGAACAAUCUCAUUGCAUUAGGAGACAAAAUUGAUAGCUUUAAUUCCCUUUACAUGCUCGUCAAAAUGAGUCAUCAUGUGUGGACUGCACAAAAUGUGGACCCUGCUUCUUUUCUAAGUACUACAUUGGGAAAUGUUUUGGUGACCAUCAAAAGAAACUUUGACAAAUGCAUUAGUAACCAAAUAAGGCAAAUGGAAGAAGUAAAGAUCUCCAAGAAGAGUAAAGUAGGAAUUCUUCCAUUUGUUACUGAAUUCGAAGAAUUUGCUGGACUUGCAGAAUCAAUCUUUAAAAAUGCUGAGCGUCGUGGCGAUCUAGAUAAAGCAUAUACUAAACUUAUCAGAGGAGUAUUUGUUAAUGAAUCAAUUCCUUGUAAAACUGAAGAACAGACAGAUGCUCCUUUAGGUGAAGGGUCUGUCUCAGACCUAAAGCCUUCGUGA